GAAAACCGGUGGGAUUUUAAAUACAAGUUCGCGCGCUAGGGCUGAAGCCCUAGCCGCAUCCCCGCUAUUUUCCCCCCAUCUCUCUCAAAUCUUCUUUGUCGCUCACCCAUUUGCGAUUCUUUCUCCUUAAUUUCCAGGUUACUGAAGGAUUCGAAGCGGUUUUCCAUCCCUGUUUGGUCAUUUUCAAGUUUCUAUUCCAUGGGUUCUUUUCAAGGGGGCUUUCAAUCGCCAUAAAUUUAUUAGCAAGGAUGCUGCCGAUGGGUAUAAGAAACAUGUUGUUAAGAGUAGUGUUAUACCGGAAAGGGGCUUGGCUCCGUGCGAAGUUCAUCAACCCCAACUAUAUCAGAAUAUUAUGCAACGGGGUUGGUCUGAUUUUGUGAAACAGCCUGAGCCAGCAGUGGUUUCCAUUGUUCGCGAAUUCUAUGCUAAUAUGGUUGAGGGCAGUUCUCGAUCGUUUGUACGUGGUCGUCAGGUUUCCUUCGACUAUGGCACAAUCAAUCGGUACUAUCACUUACCUAACUUUGAGCGUGAUGAAUAUGCUAUCUAUGCCAGUGAACAUGUGGAUGUUCACCAGAUCAUUCGUGAGCUCUGCCAACCUGGAGCUGAAUGGAUUAUUAAUCCGGGCGAGCCGAUUAGAUUUAAAUCAUCAAACUUGACUGUUAGUAACCAAGUGUGGCACAAAUUUAUCUGUGCUAAGUUACUUCCUGUGGCUCAUACGAGUAGUGUCACGAAGGAGAGAGCGAUUCUUCUUUACGCUAUUGCCACUAAGAGGUCUGUGGAUGUUGGUAAAGUCAUUCACAAGUCCUUAUGCAACAUCCGUAAGAGUGGCAUGACUGGAGGACUUGGUCAUUCAUCUCUAAUUACGGCCUUGUGUAGGAAUGAAGGCGUCGUGUGGAACGAAAAGGAGGAGUUGGUUGACCCUAAGCCCAUCAUGGAUAAGAAUUUUAUUAUGGGAAUUCCUGGUUGGAGUUUUGAGACCAUGGGUGCAGGCCACUGUGAUGAGACUGCUGGUGCAAGCCACUGCAAUAAGACGCCUGAUGCAGGCCACCAUGAUGAGCCAAGUGACCAGGAUGAGGCAGAACCCAUUCGAGAGGUACGGCAAACCCUGACCAUUGAUCUUCCUAGGCAGACACAAAGGCCUCUAUCCCUUGAUGAGCAAAUUCAACGGUUGGAACGUCGUGUUCGCAGCUACCAUAGGCGCUCAGAGGAAAGAUUCGAUCAUCUCUACAAGUGUUUGUUUGCUCUGCAUGAUCGUGGAGUCAUGCAUGUGUUUCCCCCUCGCAUGCAACCAUACGUAUCUUCAGAUGAUGAUUCCUGAGACUUCUUUUCUUACAGGGCAGUGUUUUUUACCCCUAGUCAUGUUGUUUGUACUCUUUAUUUUGUAAUUACUUUUAUCUGUUCUUACUCCAUUAAAGGUAGUGUAAAGUUUGAACAUGGUUAGCUCUAUUGUGCAUGAAAUUUAGUUAUCACUAAUACAGAUUUGUUGAAUGCAA